UGUGCUGGGGGCCCGCGGGGCGUGUGCGAGCCGAGCCGAGCCGGGCCGGGCCGGGCCAGGCCAGCGCUGCCCCGGUCCCGGUCCCCAUCCCGAUCCCUGUCCUGAUCCCAGUCCCGACCCCGAUCCCAGUCCCCAUCUGGAUCCCGAUCCCAAUCCCGGUCUCGGUCUCGAUCCCUGUCCUGAUCCCGAUCCCGGUCCGGAUCCCGAUCCCUGUCCUGAUCCCGAUCCCGAUCCUUAUUCCUGUCCUGAUCCCGAUCCUGAUUCCUGUCCUGGUCCUGAUCCCCAUCCCCGUCCCGGUCCCGGUCCCCGUCUCGAUCCUGAUCCCGGUCCUGAUCCCAAUCCCGAUCCCGGUCCCCAUCCUGGUCCCAGUCCCCAUCCCGGUCCGAUCCUGACCCCGGUCCUGAUCCCAACCCAAUCCCGAUCCCAGUCCCCAUCCUGCUCCCAGUCCCCAUCCCGGUCCGCUCCUGAUCUCGAUCCCGGUCCCAAUCCCGGUCCGGAUCCUGAUCCCGAUCCCGAUCCCCAUCCCGGCCCGGAUUUCCAUCCCGGUCCCGAUCCCGAUCCCGGUCCCGGUCCCGGCGCGAUGUGAGCGCUCCCGCACCAUGUCCCGGCAGCGAGACCUGGACAAGCUGCUGGCGGACCUGCGCUCCUUCCUGCUCCUCCUGGACCGCGAGAGCCUCAGCGCCGCAGCUCGGGCCAAGAAGCGAUCGGUGUCCGAGCUGCUGGGCCGGCUGCAGGGCCCGCCGUCAGAGGAUGCAGAGUACAUGAUCAUGCGCUGCCUCUCGCCCUCCCCGGGCACCCCGCAGGGCCGGAGCAGCCCGGGCUGCAGGAGCGCGGAUGCAGCGGGGGGCAGAGGCUGCGAGAGCCGUCCGGGCAGCGCCCCGAGCCCGCACGGAGCGAACAAGGAGCCGGGCGUCCCCCCGGCCCCCCCAGGAGCCGACGACUCUUACGAAGACGCCGAACCCCCCGGGCACGGCAGAAGCGGCGGUGGCGACAGCGACAGCAGCCACUACGAGUCGUACGGAGAGGAGGAAGAGGAGGAGGAGGAGGAAGGCGUGACGGACCGGGCCCAUUACCUGCGCUGGCCAGCGGCCCCCAGCGCCGAGGCCGAGACCCCCGGGCGCCCGCAGCCGCAGCUCUGCGGCUUCCUCUGGAGGAAGCGCUGGCUCGGGCGGUGGGCGAAGCAGCUCUUCAUCGUCCGGGAGCACGUGCUGCUGUGCUUCAGGUGCGCCGCUGACCUGCAGCCGGUGCUGGAGCUGGACCUGCGCGGCUGCCGGGUCACCUACAAGGACAAGCGGGGCAAGAAGAUGCCCCACGCCCUGAAGGUGACGGGGACGGCGGGAGAGGCGCUGGUCAUCGGCUUCCAGAGCCGGCAGCAGGCUGAGGACUGGAGGAAGGUGAUCGAGGAGGUGAGCAGCGAUGCCCCGAGCGGGCUGGCAGCCCUCAGGGGCCCCGCGUCCCCUGCCCCCAGGCUCAGCAGGCUCGCCAAGGAGGACGAGGAGGAGGAGAACCGCUCCCGGCAGAGCCCUGCCCGCAGCCCGCGGCCCGGAGAGGACGCCAGAGGAGGGUUCCUGGCCGUGCGGCUGCGCGGGCGCUGGCAGCGCCUGUGGUGCGCGGUCCGGCACGGAGCCCUGCGCAUGUUCCCGGAGCCCGGCGCUGCCCAGCGCCCCGUGUGCGCCCUGCGCCUGGACGGCUGCGAGGUGACCCCCGGGGCGGCCCCCGGCUCGCCCCAAAACCUGCGGAUCCGCAUCGCCCAGCGCGGCCGGGAGCUCGCCCUGCUGCAGGCCCGUUCGGACGAGGAAAGGGAAGCCUGGCUGAAGACCCUGCAGGCCAGGGGAGGAGAGGAGCCGAAGAAGGAGGACGGGCCCCCCCCGAGACCCCCCCGGCCGAGCAGCCGCCCCGCUGCCGGGGGGCUGCUGCUGCGCCGCGUCCCCACCCCCAACGCGUACAUGGACGAUCCCUUCGGGCAGCCCCCGGCUGAGAGCCCCAAACACCUCUACUCCAACGCGGAGCGGCUGCAGCAGCUGCAGCAGAGCCUGGACCGGGCAGCGCCGGGGCAGCGGCCGAGAGCCGUGUCUGCCCUGCCCUGCGGUGCCAGCAGCCCCGCCCCGGGCCGUGCCCGGCCCGCGCAGGCAGCCCCAGCCGCUCUCCGGGCCCGGCCUGCCAGCGCCCAGCUGCCGAAGGACAGCCCCAGCCUGCAGAGCAGGGACUCCUCCCUCGCCCAGCACACGCUGCCCCUGCCCCAGACCCUGCCCCAGAGCAGGGGGCCGCGGGAAGGGCGGGAUGUCCUCGUCGGGAAAAGAGCCUUUCCCAGGCUGGAGGAGAAGGUGGGGCAGCUGGAGCGGGGCGUGAAGGGCAGGCUGAAGGCCGGCUCCGAGAUGAACCUGCUGGCGCUCGGGAGGUCGCUGAAGGGGCACAUCGCCGCCACCGCCAGCUCGGCUGGCUCCGAGGGAUCGUUCCUCAGGCCGCUGCUGAAGCGCACCACCUCGGCCAGGAGCGCCCUGAGGCCGCCGCCGUCCCCGGUCGCGGUGGGGAGGGGAAAUGUGAUGAGGAAGACAAAGGAGUGGGAGAUGAAGUCUGCGAUGUGAGCACGGAGCGGGAGCCUCCCGGAGACCAUCGGGCCGCGCGUGGAUCGUGCGGGACCAGCCUGGGAUCAGCCUGGAAUUUGAAUGUAUCCCUCACUAUCAGCGCUACAACUACGCACAUCUAUUUUUGUAUCCAGAUAUAUCGACACACACGUAUCAGCUCUCCACCCGGGGGCUUCCCUGCCGCAUCCCCACCCGCCCCAGCGCCUCGGUUUUGGGGUAAAAAUCCCCGGGUACAACUUCGGGAGCUGCUGGCUCUGUCCCCAGUGUGGGCACCCCGAAUUUCCAGGGGUGGGUGUGGGUAAAUCCCGGGGGACACGGGUUUGGGAGCACCCGAUUGUCCAUUCCCUGGAGUCAGCGGGACCCGGGCUGGGCCCUGGGUGCAUUUCCAGCAGCUGUGCUUGUCAGGGCUUGGGUUUAAUUGGAGAAAUGUUUGUUUUUUAGAGAA